AUGAACAACCCUGCUGGAGGGCAGUCCUCAAAAUCGAAAGCUGGAUCCUCGCAGCCAUCCGAAACUUCAUUUAAGCGAAAACGGGGAGUGUUUCAAAAAGAAUUGCAGCACAUGAUGUAUGGUUUUGGAGACGAUCAAAAUCCUCUUCCAGAAAGUGUGGCACUUAUGGAAGAUAUUGUUGUGGAAUAUAUCACAGAUUUGGUACAUAAAGCCCAAGAUAUUGGAUCAAAGAGGGGAAAGUUAUCAGUUGAAGAUUUUCUGUAUCUAAUUCGCAAGGACUUUCCGAAACUUAACCGCUGUAGAGAAUUGCUGUCUAUGAAUGAAGAGCUGAAGCAGGCGAGGAAGGCUUUUGAGACAGAUGAAGAGAAGCUGAGGAAGGCUUUUGAGACUGAUGAAGAGAAGAUGAGGAAGGCUUUUGAGGCAGAUGAAGAUAAACUCGGGUCAACGGAGUGA